UUCAAUCAGUUUAUAUUUCACUUCUUAUAAGUAUAGUUUUGAUUUGAUAGUUUUGUUUAAGUUACAUCUAGCUAGAAAUGGAUGACAAUGAAAAUACUGAAUUUAUUGAAGUUGAAAUGGAUGAGAUGGAAAUUGACAAAAAAAGGAGAUCGUCUGUAGAGAUGGACUUCGACAAAAAACGGAGAUCGUCUAUUUUGAAGCCACAAAAAACAAGGAAUCCUCUUUCAACGUUAGACUUUUCCGAAGCAAAUCCUGAUACUACUUUGGCCAGAGCAACACGUAGAGUCAGUUUUGCUAGCAGUAACUUUGUUAAGCCAUUCGCAGCAGAUCCAGAAAAAAAUACCAUAUGGGAUACUACAUAUGAGGAAGAAGUUAAUCAUACCGAUUCUUCAAAGUCGCCGUCUGACCAAACACAUAAGACAAAAGCAUUUGAUUUCUUACACACAUUUAUAUAUUCAGAAAUACAACAGAAUGAACACAAUCCUGCAAAUAUUGCUUCUUCGAAUGCAGAGUGUGUUAAUGCUGAUGCAGGAAAAGCACAAGCAGACGUUAUGAAUCCAGGAGAAAGUUUAGUUUCGUUUGCUAGAAAACUGAGAAAUAAGUCUAAGAAUGAACACAAUCCUGCAGAUAUUGCUUCUUUGAAUACAGAGUGUGUUAAUGCUGAUGCAGUAAAAGCACAAGCAGACGUUAUGAAUUCAGGAGAAAGUUUAGUUUCGUUUGCUAGAAAACUGAGAACUAAGUCAGUUGGCAUUGAGACCAUGAUAAAUAAAACAACAGAAUUUCUCACUACUAGUGAAGCUGAUAAAGAUGCUAAGUUACAAGAAAAUACCUCUAUAAUUUCUCCAUUUUACAAAAUUAAAAAUAUUUCUUGCUCGACAACAAAACUUUCAGAAAAUACGAUGGAGAUGACCUGUUUAACUGAUAAAGAAAACGUCAAUCCUCUUAUAAAUGAUUUAUCAUCCUUAGUUGUUUCUAAGCGGAAUUGUUUUGAAGCUACCAGUGCAACUAAAUAUUUUGUAGAGGAAAAAAUGGACUGUACAAUAUCUGUAAAAUCGAAUGAAAAAGCUGUUUAUUUUGAUAAAUCCGAAAACAAACAUGAUUUUACUGGAUUAGAUGCGAAUAAAGAAAACGGUGCAAUUGGAAAAAAUGUUUGUACAAUUCAGAAUUCAGAACAAAAUAAGGAAGAACUCCACAGAAAUGCCUCUAAAAAUGCAACAGUGGAUGUAGAAAUGAGAACUAUAUGCUUCAAUGACUCUAUGAAUGGUAUGGAAUUGACUAAUAUGGAUAAAAGUGGUCAUUCUGAAGAAAAAGGAUUUUCUACGAAUACAUCAAAUCGAAAAAAAAUACUUUUCAACGAAACGGAAGGUAACAUGGACUUUACCUGCGUAAUUAAUAAAGAUGAACAAAAUAUUGAAGCAAGGACUGAGAAUGAAAUGGAGUUAAAAAAUAAAACAGUAAUUUUCAAUCAGUCAGACAAUGAUAUGGAAUUUACUACCACGAUACCGGUAAAGAUUUAUAACAACAAUCUAAAUAAGCAAAAAACAAUUUGUUUUGACGAUUCUGGCGAGGAAAUGGAGUUUACAGAAACGUUUCAAAACCCGAAGAUUCUUGUGAAAGAUGCGGAUUUAAAUACCGAUGUAUGCUUUGAGAAAUCAGAGUAUAAUAUGGAAUUCACAACAACACUGGUUGGUAAAAUUCAUAACACCGUUGACUCUACAAUUUCCCAGGCAGAUGAUAUGAAUCUCACGACCGCAUUAUCAACUCAGCCUAUCGAAAAGGAAUUUGUAGAAGCUGAAAUAGACAAAACUAAAAGUGAAAUGUCUUUAACAAAAAAUCUUCAAAUGGUAAAUUUGGUCUCUAACAUACCAACAUUGAUAGAAAACAAUAAUUCAGGUGUUGCAGAUUGUAAAAAGAAAAUUUGUUUGGAUGAGUUUAAAAACGUAAAUCAGAGCAGUGCUGGCACAGAUAACACAAUUAAUGUAAUAACUCUAGACGCUGUUAGAUGCAACAGUUUAUCCAUUAAUAAAGAAGAUGUAUCUUCAAAUUCACCGCUAACGAAUAAUUGUACUCUAAAUAAACAAAUUUUACCACAAAUAAACAAAAAUAAAACUAGGAAUCACCAAGGCAUUGGAAAUGACAACUCUACCUUAAGUGUCAGUUUAGAUACCAGUGAUAUAAAUAAACAUACUGAUUUUGUUGAUGGUAAUAAUAGCAAGACGUUUAUGCCAAAUCCCGCAUUGCCUGCUCACUUGAAUUUGAACGACACUUCGAAUUUAGAUCAUAUUCGGACACCUACAACAUCAUUUCAUAUAAAUUGGCCUACCAUGAGCCCUUGCACAGAAGACACUCAACAGUUGAUACAUGCAUCAUUUUCAAAACCAGAAACAUUGAAAAUGUUAAAUGGGGGCAUUAAACGUAACAUCGAUGGUUUGGACAAAACGAAAAAUGUUUCCAAAUCGGAAGAGAGUCCUUUUGAAAAGUCUGCCACGGUUUCACCAACAAAAAUGUCUAGUUGCCAGGGUGCUGAUAGUUUAGUAAAAAUAAAUGAAAACAUUUUUGUUGAGAAUGUUAAAAAGAAUCUUGACAGUGUUAAUAAUUCGCCUCAUCAUGCAUUGGGCGUUUCUGAGGAAAAACUGGAUGUAAAAUUUAUCAAAAUGAGUAAUGAAAGCCUUAAAACCAACAAGAGUUGUUUCUUGGAGGAUGUAACUCCCUUAGAACUAGUACCUGAGGAAUUCGACCACUCACGUGCAGAAAUCAAGUCACCAAAUCAAAGUAAUAUUGCUGCCGAGCUAGACAAUUCGCUAAAAAAUAUUAGCAGCUCUAGGGCUUCCAAUUGUGGUGAUUACACUUUAAGGUCUCAGUUGGUACUUGAGGAUAUAGAAAAACGUCUUUUAGUGUAUAAACCAAACCGUCCUCAGAUGAAUCUGGAUAUGCCUAAGCUAAUUAAACAGUUCAAAAAAAAUAGUCGUAAAAUCAGUGAGAUGUGUAAGUCAAAAGUACAUAUAAUGACUUUCGAAGAGAAACGUAAGCAAGACAUAGAAGAGGAACGUAAGCAAAACUCGGAAGAAUCUCUGUGUAGUGGAAAUGAGGAUAUUGCAAGUACCGAAGUAGACCCGAGAGCACCUCCAUCACUAGCGGUGGUUGCUCCGAAAACUAUAUAUGAAUGUAUCCGUGAAAUGGCUGAAAGAGCUAAAAAAUAUUGGGAAUUUGUAAAACUGGAAUGUGAUUAUUGUUAUUUUUAUACACUUUUUGGCACUCUGCCUUUUAAGGUACACAUUCAUCCUGAAUUAGGAAUGGUUUAUAGUGUAGAGACAUUCACAAAUUUAUCAGAUCUUUGUGAAUCGUUAUGUUGGUAUCAGUUAAAAUUAUUUCAACAAAAAUUGAAAUAUGAAAAUUUAUUAUCAGUAUUGGGCGCAAAGUUUGAUAUAUUCGCAUUAUUGGACUAUAUCUGUUUGUCCAUGGAGGAAAUAAGUGAUUUUCAUAACGAGUAUAUUAGUUUAGUAAAGAAAUAUGGCAAAAGUCACCACUUCAGGAUGAAUUCUGAUUACAGCAUCACCUUUGAAAUUUUAAACCAGGAGCAAAUAAUAUUUUGGAUAAUCACGGUGAAGAUGUCACUAACUAGUCUGGUUUCUGUGUCAAAAGAAGACAUAACGGUGGUGCAUAAAGUGGGUAAAAAAGUGAGUGAGGAACAUAUAAAAAUGAUUGCUGAAAAUACACCAAAAGGAUUAAAUUUCUUGCGAAAUUUUAUAGAAAAUGUAGAUGAGUUUGUAACCAGAAUAGGAAGAAGACUUAAAAAGUAGAAAAAUGUUGUUUUAUGUAAUUUUAAUAUUAUAAAUGUAGACUUU